AUGGAAAAUAUAAUUGCAGAUAAAAUGAUGGAAGAGCUGUUAGCACAGCUCCAAUUAUCACAUCCACAUUUGCAAGGAAUGUCAACUUUUUCUUCCUUUCCACUUAUAACCAAGUCGAUGACCCGUCGAAACGACGGUAACGCAGCAAUAUCAAACGGUGACUACCAAAAAGCUUACGACGAAUACUCGGAAGGCGUCACCCUCAACCCCAACGAUCCAGUUCUCUGGAGCAAUCGCGCCUACGCAUUACUCAAACUUGGGUACCCCGAACUCGCAUUAGUAGAUGCGAAGCGUGCCAUCAACACCAUUGACCAAUUCAACAUAGAUCACGAACGAAGCAAAUUCGGGUUAAUAAUUCCAACGCUUGGUAAAGAAAGUAAAGAUUUGGAAUACGACAGCAAAUUGAUUCAGCUCAAAUUAAAAGCAAAACUUCGUGAAUGUCAAGCGUAUGAAAAAUUGAAUCUUUUAUUACAUACGCAGAAUUCCUGUGCUGAGUUACUUGAAUGGAAGGAAGAAUACGCCGAAAAGAAUAUCCCAUUCCAGUGGUUGCCGGAAGUGAUUCGAUUACAGAUUGAUAGUAAAAAGAAAUGCGAGGAGGGAUGUGCUAAAUUCGGUGACGAAUAUAAAGAAAAAGUUGAAAAGUGCGGAGAGUACACGUUUAGAGGAUCGUAUCCUUGGGAUAAGAGACAAACGCACCGAAUUGAUGAUGAAAUUUUUCAGGAAUUACAAAACAAAAUCGAAAACAUUUCUUCGUCGCAAGUUAAAUUGGUCAAAGUUAAUUUUGAAGAAUGGGGAGAGGAACCCCAUUAUGAUCUAAGAGCGGCAUCCGAUAUCUCGGCAAAUACAGUGAUCUUUGAAGAAAGGCCGUUUCUCUGUGUCAAUUUCAAAGCAAAAACGCGCUGUGAUAAUUGCAAUAAGAACCUCAAGACCUUCAAAUAUCCUUGUCCGAGAUCAGAUUGCACCGAAUUUUUCUGUGAUAACAAAUGUUAUAAAAAGGCGUACGACCUUUAUCAUCGGCUCAUCUGUGGAAAAGAUUUCACCGGUAUCGUCGAAAUUGUAAAGGAUGAAGAAACAACAUCCUCACUUUACCAUUUGUUUAUCAUCAAGCUCUUUGCAAUCGGCGUACUACGUAAUAUAUGUCCUUUAGACAUUGAUGAAAUCCGGCAUCUCCGACGCUGGGAACACGAGAACGCCACUUUCACCGCGAUCUCUGUCGAAAUCUACCAAAAGAUUAUGCAAAUUUUGGGUAUUCCGCAUAGCGACUUUAACUUUGACUUUUGGGUCUACAUCUCAUGUUUGUCUGCCAUAAAAAGCAAUGUCAGGACUGGAACAGCUCUCACCGAUUCGAUUUCCCUUUACCCAUUAACCUCUCUCGUUAAUCAUAAUUGUAAUCCUAAUGCCAAGUUGAAUAUCGAGAGUGGUGUCAGUGACGUCAGCGGGGUGACCAAGGUUGAAGGAUCGGGUCCCCAAGAUUAUGGUCUGAUAUUCAAUCCAUUGGCUUUUCUCGAUCCGAAUGCCAGGCCCGAAGCAGAAUUCAAUACGUCGGAAUUGAAAACAGAGAAAAAAAUCGAAAAAGACAAUAUGAUCACGGUUAAUUAUGUUGAUUUGCCUGCAUUAGAUAAUAGAGAACGCUGCCGAAUGUUGCGUAAUGUGUAUG